AGUUCAGGACCACGCUCAUCAUCAUCUUCACCUGCUUCGCGAUUCACAAUUUUUUUUUGCGAAGGUUAAGAUGGCUCGUUCCUGCUCACCUCUGCUGGACCGCGCAGCACCAGCGCCAGGCGCAGGACUGCAGCAGACCGCCUCCACGUUGUUUCUUGCAGACGAAGAAUCUCUUUGCCAAGGCCAACGACGUCCUCGCCAAGACAUUUCCAUCUCCGUCCCAAGAACUACUUCACCCGCCUUUGUGAUCUCGGGCACAGCAGCUGACAGUAAUACUAGAGCCCCGUCCUUAAAUCUUCUGAAAGACCUGUACGACCGCGUUGGACAUGACGAGAGAAUCCGGAUUUCCAGCAUCGCGCUGGACUACACAGGAAAGGUCGAAAAUUUCGGGCUUCUACCAUUGAAGCAAAUCUUCGAAAUUUGGACAACUCCAUCGUCUGGACGAUGCGAAGAUCCGACUACAGUUGUGACCAGGGAUUCGUCGUCGUCCGACACGAGAAACACAGCUGGCACAUCUUCGUCGUCGCCGACCUGCGCAACCACCACCGCCUCCUGCUCACCAACGGAAGACGAAGCAACGAACUUGUCUGUCUCGGAAGUUGGGGCAGCGAGUGGGGAUCUCCUUGCGGGGGAGGCCAGCGACGUGGCUUGUCCUUCGCCAGGAGCAGGUGGAGAUCCGAGUGGAGACGCUGAAGGCGAUAUGGAGCUCUCCGAACCGGACGGUCGUCGCAUCAGCACCGCUAGAGAAGUAUGACGGCAUGAUAUUUGCGUUUGCCGGGAGGUUGUUACACUUACAGGUUGGAGCCUACUAUUCAUGGUCACUUCUCCUAGUCAUUCCAACUACAUAUUGAUAUUGGCCUAUGGCUAUGAGGAUUUGCAGCAUGACAAUUGCAGAGAGAGAUGAAACAGGAGCAGUGGCACCACCUCGUGCUGGAUGGAUAGCGCAUGGUCGGUAAGGAAACUGUAACAUCAACACAACCCACGGCAGCGCGCAUUUCCUUCUAAUUUCGUCACCAAAUUUGUUGUCGGACCUUCCGCUCCCCCCGUCCAAAGACCCGCCACCGCCGCCACCACAGCACGAGCACAGUCACUUGCGGGAUCAGCAGAAGAUCCAAAAAACGUCGACGAGAGGGACCGCUACUUCAUCAUCAUCGUCCUCUUCUCGACCGCAGAACAAGACCCAGCAACAAAAAUUACCCCCAUCGAGAGCUAGCCAAAACUUGAACCAGCAGGCGUUUUGGCGAGAUCUCAGAUCUCUUCUGGACGCGACGGGGAAUGACAAUUUUCUGUUGCAGUACAGCAACGAUGAAAACCAAAACCAGCAAUAUCUCUGCGUGAGCACAGGGUUUGCCAGGUGUGUGCUGGAGAAAGAACGGGUUUUGUUUCUCGGCGUGCAGGACGAAUUGUUUCAGGAAUUCUUCCGGGAACUACAACUGCUUUUGUCGAUGUCAAACAACAAGAACGGGUGCUCCUUUUCAGCCGGAACCGAAGAUGUGUUGCUUCCCAGUGGUGCGACAGCCGACCAAAAUGAUAGCUACGCCGGCCGUUGCAAUGCAUUCGAAGACGAGCAAUCCUGUUUCCCUACCCCGAACUCCAGCACGUCGAACUCCACGCCAUUCUUCCGACUGGUUGUGGAAGCGCUUCUGUGCGCCACAGUCAAAAUCGAGCGAACGAAAUUGGAAGAAAUUAGCGAGAAAACGACGAACGGUCUUGCCGACGUGAUCCAGAGCGGGAAUGAGGACAGCAUUUUGCGACUAUUCCCGGUAAAAUCCGCCGUUGCGGACUUUGGAACCCGGUUGCAGAAAAUCAAAACGCAGCUGUUUUACUUAUCCCACAGAGAAAAGCUGGCAGGUCACGUUUGUAAUGCAAAAAUAAAUACACAAAAAAAUCUGUAUUGCGUAUUCUAAACAGCAUGCUACGAGGUCGCCCAUGACAGAUUUUUCUGUGUAUUUAUUUUUGCAUUGCAAAUAUGCCCUGCCAGCUUUUUUCUGUGGGAUAUUACUUGGAGGAGAGUCACGCGGCCCACAGUGUGGUGGUCGGCAUAGGUGGUACUGGCAGUGCUGGAUCUUCGUAUUUGCACAGCCACGGUGGAACGGUGCAUUUACACCAAGGAGUUGCGACCGGUGCGACAAACUUUCCGGUCGGCGGCCGAGAAAGCGCUUCGUCAGUGUCGUUUGGAGCGGCUGGUGGCGUGUUGCCACCAGGAGGAAUCGUCGUGCCUAGUAGGAAUUCGGUUAUUGCUGGAGCUGCGACGUCAGCACUGCCGACCCCGACUACAGUGUUUAAAAGGCACGGCCACAUGUUAAUACCGCCGCCGCCAUCACAGCUUGUAAUUCCCGCACUGAGCAAUAACGUUCAACCCGAUUUUCAUCUCGACCCAGCAGGAGCCGCUGCACAAGAACAACCUGCCGUCUCUCCCCUCACCCAGCUCGAGGAUCUCUGUCGGUACUACCUGCUCCAAAUCUCCGAGCUCUGCGUUCAAUUAGAAGACCUGCAGCUGAACAUCCAGGAGACGAACCAAUUUCUCGAGGCUUCGAUGGACGAUACGCAUUGCAAACUGAUCGCGCUAGUAGUAAUUGCAUGGCAGCUUUUCCCAGAAGCAAAACUAAACAAAGUUUCUCAUGCAGAAUCAUGUACGCAAAGCACAUCUGUUAUGCACAUCAGUACUGCAAUUACUUACGACAGCGAUGCUUUCGCAAUGGAUAGAUUCAAGACGGAACCAGCUGCUCAAGAUGGAAGUUUCGCUCGACAUUGUCUCCAUUGUCUUUGGCUUUGGAGCUUUAAUUUCCGGCAUUUUCGGGAUGAAUUUGAAGUCCGGUUUGGAAGAUACCGAUGGGAUGUUUGGCUUGGUGAUUUCAUUAAUCUUCGUCUUCGGGAUUUCCAUCAUCGGGGUGUGCGUCGUGUUCUAUUUCAAGAACAAACGCAAUCGGGUGUUUUUGAAGAUUUGCAAGAAGUUCGGAAACAGCUUGUCGAGUCGGAGAUUAAUGGAGCUAGAGAUGAACGCCGGGGGGGCAUCUUCGCCAAAACACGGGGCAUCUCGAGGAACUGCGUCUGGUGAAGUAGCUAUGGGGUCAACCUCAACCACAAACAGCAUGACCAAUAGCGGUGGUUUAUUCGAGCAGCACACCCACGGGAGCAAUGGUCUGCAAAUGGUUGUGCCAAGCCUGUCGCCGACAAAUUGGAUGCAGCGCCAGCAGAGCGGUGGUGGCGCAGCCGCAGUAGAGCAGCAAUUGCUGUUGCGUAAGAGAAACACUCCACCUACGACUUCUUCGAGCCGCGACAAAAUUGAAGAUGCAUGUGCUCUGGCUGGCACAGAGUUUGAAAUGGAAAUUGACGAGAGUGAUUUUGCCUCGCCAAGAAAUUACCACUCCGAAGAACAACCUCCGGAGCUACAACUCCCGAGCGGGACCAGUGCGGCAUCUGGAGUCGCCUCAGCAAGUGGUGCUUCCAGAUACAAGCGACAAAACCGACCGAAUAACCAGUGCUAUUUCACCCGCGCGUCGACCAUGGUGCCUCCGUUGAAUAGAGAAUUGUCCGCCAAUAGGGCGAUUAGCUCGUGAUGAAGAUCUUCGGUGGCGUAAUGUCAGGAAGAGCGGAGAGUUAGUCCGUUCGUAAUAUGUGGUAAGUCCAUCUUGAAUGAAAUUUUGCACUUUUGCGACGGCUUAUCGUCGUCAAUAUUCACCGAAAUAUAAUCAUCUCCAGUACGUUUCCACCAAAAAUAAACUCGAACUAUAUCCGUUGUGGACAAGAAACAUGCGAGUGAAAACAUGAUGACUGUUG